AUGCCCAUAGUCAGCUGCAUCUCCAUCACAUCUAUCAUCAUGUCCGAGGAGGUCGCGCCCCAACCAAAGUGUCCUCGCACUGAUCUUGUUCGCUACUGCAGGAAGGGGGGUCCCGAGAAGAACAACUGCUGGUCGUUCGAGGAGUUCUGGAAUCCUCGUGCAGUGAAGAUCGAGAAGGCAGCUGAAAGGAUCAUCGAUGAAUGGAUCAAUUCGAAGAAUGCCCCGCCGAGUGAAGUCCAACCGACAACUACGUCACCUGCGCUGUGUGCAGGGAUGGUUGAAGAGGACAAGAAUACCGACUUGGCGGGAAAAGUGGAUGUAGUGCCCAGAACUUCUCAUUCGGUCGAAGUCGCUGGCAAUUGGGAUGUACCAGUACAGGAGCAAGCGAAUGGUUCACAGGACGAUGAAAGGACAGAGCAGCCAAUUUCCAUCGAGGAUGAAUACUAUGAGUAUCAAGACUACGAUGAAGAGGUUCCUCACGAGUGUUGGGAGCUGUGGGAUGUGUUUGAGCAGUUUGGAAUGAUAGCGUCGAUAGCAGUUCAAAACCAACAGAAGGAAGGACUCUACAAUGCCCUGGCUUUUGUGAAUUUUCUUGAUGAGUCAAGCGCAAAGAGUGCUUUUGAAGAUAUGAAGGGAGGGCAGAUUCUCGGUAAACCGAUCAAGGUCAGACCGCCGCAACCAAAAGUUAUACUGUGCUCUGCGAGGCUGCUUGAUGCUUACGAGUCUCAAUUCUACGAGCCGGAGGAUUUCGAUGAAGUGUAUCAAGAGGAGCAUUCCUGUAAUCAGCCGGACUCCAGUGUUGAGCUUCAGAGCGCCGACCCCCGCGGGCCUCACGAGUCUUGGGAGCAUGCAGACGUUCUGAGCGCAAGAACUCAAGACCUGCAGCUCAACGACGAGGAAGGAAUACACAAUGACAAGCCCCGCACAAAGAGCACGUGGAUCUCCAAGGCCAUGGCGGCACCGACGUACAGCCCGUCGUUGACAUCUGUCAGAUCAUUGUUCGAGGAGACGGCAGUGAUGACUCUUGGCCUCCAGGCGUCUUCAACCCUCAGCAGACUUGGACGACCAAGGCCAGUCGGAAGCUACUUCUGCAACGAUCUGGUGCAUCCUUCAGUAUCGUUCCAGCGUUGCCAACAAGCAGGAGCGGCCACUCGCAGCCUGGUGGGAGCUGUUCAGUCUGGCAAGACCUUGAACGGAACCGACUAUGUUUCAUUUCGAGGGUUCCCCCAGUGGGCGGCUGAGUUGGCAGUCGAUCCAUGCAUCGCCCAGGAUAUGUUAGAGAGGUCGCAGCAUGUUCGGGGCUCCAGAGAGGCCAUUAUCCCGCUUUACACGGUAACGAAGGAACGGUGGGCAGAGACAACCAGCGAUACUUCGGCAGUUUCCUUGUUGACCUCCUGCCGACCUGAAAAAGCUCAUCGGCUCAAUCCGAGUUCCGAGUUCAAGUUCUCAGUCUCGCUCCCGCGACUGGCGGGCCAGCGGCCGAACGAGCCGAACGAGCCGCAUGAUUCGCCAUUACCGUACUUCGAAAGGGCUGGCACCGAUGGGGCGGCGAACAGCUGA